GAGGGUGCGAUUGGAGAAGUGGGAUGGCUCAAUCUGACUGUGUAACUGGAUAACGCAGGCAAUAGACUCUUGCCCCUCUCUCUUCACACUGCAACACUCCAAAAACUCCUGAACCUUGGACAUUACUGAAGUAGUACCGAAGUCAGCGGGUCGUGUCAGUCCAGCAAUCACUCAUUCAACAUUCAGCUCUAACCAUGGGAGGAGGUCAUUCAGAUCAGAAUCCUGAUGCAGACUUUGAGUAUGACUAUUCACUGAUAAGAAGAGGAGGAUUGAUCUUCGCAGGCGUAGCCUUCGUCCUAGGCAUAGCCAUUGUUUUUAGUCACAAACUUAGCUGUGGAAACAAAAAGAGGUUACAAGCCCAACGCGCAGCAGAAAACAACGCCAUUUAACCUUCAUUGAAGAACAACAUGAAGAAACUGGAUCUGACCUUUGCAUCACCUGUGGGAAAAUAGUUGUAGUUGUAAGCUAAUAUGUACAGUACAGUAGGCCUACAUGUUGCAUGAAUUUGGAUAGCAUGCAGUACCAUUUUGGUCCAUCAAAAAGCGCCUUCAAAACGUAUUGUGAACCAUUGUAUACGUACCUCAGACAUAAAUGACAAGCAUGCAAAAAAGUAUUCACUGUAAGAACGAAGAUUAUAUCAGAAUGCUUAAAAAUAUGAUUUAGUUUAUAUAAAAAGCAUCCAGAGAGUUAAAGUAAUGGCGCUUAUUGUGCAUCAUUGAUGUCAAACAUGUAAAUUAGCCUAUGUCACUGAAAUUAUAAUCAGUAGUUGUGAACUGUCACACCCUGGCUUGACAUCCCUCAUACCUGAAAUUGAAAUAACAAGGUUUUUAGAAGUA